AUGUCUGUGAAGCAGGGCCCGAAAGGCGGCGCCGCGGCCGGCAAAUCGAAGAAAAUGGCCACGCCUGGCGCUCAGGAGAAGAGGGAAGACGUUCUCCAAGCCGUCAUCCUCGCAGAUUCCUUCCAGGAUAGGUUCAGGCCCUUCAGCUUAGCGAAGCCACGAUGUCUCCUCCCCAUCGCCAAUGUACCGGCAAUUGAAUACACGCUGGAGUUUCUAGCUGCCAAUGGAGUACAAGAGGUAUUCAUCUACUGUGGCGCUCAUUCCGAAGCCAUCGAGACCUACGUCCACGAUUCGCAACGAUACAGCUCUCGGAGCAUCAUCAAUCCCUUCUCCUCUAUCGAAUUCAUUCGCGUGUCAGAUGCGACCUCGGUUGGCGACUUCCUACGCGACCUAGACAAGCGCGGUCUUAUCGGAGGCGACUUCAUUCUCGUGCACGGCGACCUAGUUGCGAACAUCGAAUUGGAUGGCGCCCUAGCAAAACACAGGGCUAGGAGAGAAGCGAACCGGGAUGCCUGCAUGACAAUGGUUCUGCUCCAGGUCCCACAAGAGCACCGCGCCCUCAAAUCCAGGGUGAUAACACCGGAAUUCAUCAUCGAGCCGUCAACUGGCCGGUGUCUACAGUACGAGGAGAGGCAUCCUCUCCAAAGCGACCACUACACAGUCCUCGACCCCGCGCUCUUCAAAUACCCCGAGUUUGAGAUCCAUGAAGAUCUGAUUGAUUGUGGAAUCGACAUAUGCACCCCCGAGGUGCUAGCGCUAUGGUCAGAGAGCUUUGACUACGAACUGCCUCGAAAGAACUUUCUGCACGGCGUGCUGAAGGACUGGGAGCUAAAUGGAAAACUAAUUUACACCGAGAUUAUGGAAACUGGUUACGCGGUGCGCGCCAACUCUCUCGCGAUGUACGAAUGUGUCAGCAGGGAUGUUCUCGGGCGCUGGACAUUCCCCUACGUACCGGAAACCAAUUUCGUACACGGGAUGUCGUAUAAGAGGGUCAGAGACGGAUCCCGCUUAGAGGACGGUGUCUCCAUCUCAAGGGAAGCAAAAGUGACAGGAUCCGUUAUUGGGAGAAGUACAGAGGUGGGUGUCGGGGCUACAAUCUCGAGAAGUGUCAUUGGGAGCAGGUGCAAGAUUGGCAAAAACGUACGGAUCGAAAACAGCUACAUUUGGGACGACACGGUAAUCGGGGAUGACUCAUGGGUGAUUCGAUCCAUCCUAGCGGAAUCUGUUGAGAUUGGAAAGGACUGCCGCAUCCCAGAAGGCUCUCUCAUUUCUUACAAGGUACGAAUUGGGGAUGGACAGUUGCUACCUCCAAAUCCAGCACCACGUCUUUCUCUCUUGCAGCACGACGGAAGCCUUGCCGAGACGGAUUCAUCAAUCGUUGGUCAGGGUGGCGCAGGUGCCCUUUACGAGGGACCGAUAGAAGAGGACGAUGAUGAAUCUGAGGAUGGUGACGGGACAGAUCCUGCCGCUCUACAGAACUCGCUCAUAUUCUCUCUCGCACAUCUCAACCUAUCCGCUUCGUCAAUAUCAACGCUUGCCUCACACGACGAGUUCGACUCCGAUCACGAGGAGUCGGAAUCAAGGCUUCUUCGCCCUGAUAGCUCUGGCGCAUCGCGUAGUCGCCUCUCUUCCUUUGCCUCUGAUGACUCCGCCGCCGCCUCGUCCUUGGACGCAUUUCACAGCGACGCAGUCCACGGGCUUGUGGACGCGCUUCGUGCUGACGACAGCGUAGACUUUGACUCGGCUAAGCUCGAGUUCAUGGGCCUUAGGUUGGCAAACAAUGCGUCAGAUAGUUCCAUGCGCCGUGCCAUUGCUGUGGCCUUUGUUCGGCGCUCCUCCGAGCUCCUUGGUGCGGAGAACGGCGGACUGGAGCCAACCAAGGCUGCGGAAGAAGCCUUCACCUCCAAAAGAGGCGCCGUGAGAUUUAUCAAGGAAGUAGGUGUGGGAGGCGAUGACACCAGCCGACAAUCGGAAUUUGCUCUUGCCCUGCAGAAAGCUCUUCUCGCCGUAAAGGGGCUUGAGGCUACGCGCGCCGGCGCCUUGCUUGCUGCUAUGCUGCAGCAGCUCUACAGCCUAGAUGUUCUUGAGGAAGAAGGGAUUCUCGCUUGGUGGGGUGAUAAACGGGCUGCCGAGAACGACAGUCUGGCCAAGAUCAAAGAGAAGUGCCGCGUGUUGGUGGAAUGGCUGGAAAACGCAGACGAGGAAGAAAGCGACGAAGAGGAUAGCGAUUGA